GUCAUCAAACCUUUAGCUGUCACUGUAGCCCAAUACUUCCAAUUAUGUUGCUGUCGCCUGUAUAAACAGCCUUUGCUACCUAGCCCUAUAAAUGUAAUCCCUUUAGUGAUAUCAUAUGGGCAGGGGCGGACUGACCAUUUGGAAACUUGGGCACUGCCCGAGGGCCCGGGGUCAGUAGGGGGCCCCAUGAGAUGCCCCUGGUACCUUUUUCAUAGGCUUUUUUGAGUUUGGGCAAGGACACAGGGGCCCCAUGAUCCCCUAUUGCCCGGGGGCCCCAUGA